AUGGUGAACACCAGUUCCGCCGUUCCUUUUACAUUCGAAGCAUCUUCCUACUCUCAUUUUCUCGGAAUUGAACAAACUGAGACUGCCAUGAUAUGUUGGCUCCAGAAACAGGAGCAUGAUACUCUUCCAGACUCCCUCUUUGCCACAGCUUCCGUGCUGUUUGGAUGGAUUGACUCUCACGAUCUUAUAGCUCUCCUUGACGUGAGCCUCCGGGAGGUUGCGAUACAGCUUGAGCGAGAACAUGAUUUUGGCAAUACCCUGGAUGAUUCUGACGCAAGCCGAAUACCAUUUGGUUCCCCGCGUGCAGAAGCUGUUCAUUUCUACGAAUACCUUACAGGGCCCAACGAUCGAUUUCUCUCCCUGCCUCGCUUGUUGAAAACAUGGGUCGACAAUACCACAUAUUGCGCUUACAUAAUCGCAUCCCUAGCAGAAUUCAAACCCUCAUGUAAUCGCGACAGCUUCAAAACAAAGGAAUGCAAGAGUCUGGCUAUCCUUAAAUCCGAUCUACAUAUGCUUGGACUGAAGAAGCAGCGUGCGCAGGUCGAAGUGGACAUGCUUUCUGAAGCAAUAGCACGCAUGUCUGAGUUCGAGCACACUGACGACGGCAUAUCUUCCGGAAGUUCAAUGACGUGUGUGUCACGUCCGCCUGAAACCAGUGUGGGCUCGUUCGAUGAUUGGUUGUCCUCAUAUGCCUCUUCUGACAUAUCAUCAGUCAUGUGA